UAUUGAGUCGGUUUGCGUCUGGUUUUGGCAUUUGGUGGCAUUUCAUUGUGCGUGUAUUCGGGUAUUCUCUCCCAUUUCUCUCCGGCGUAAAACGAGAAAAAAUAUGUUUCUGCAGUGAAAUUUACUGCACCAUUUCUGCGUGUGACAUUUUCCCAAAAAGUUUACAAACACCAUGGACAGGAGAAAAUUAUCUACUUCGGGGGAUUCCCUUUAUGCAAUCUUAGAAAUUCCCAAAACCGCAAGUGCUGACGAAAUUAAGAAAACUUAUAGAAAAUUAGCACUCAAAUAUCAUCCCGACAAAAAUCCCAACAAUCCAGAAGCCGCUGAAAAGUUUAAAGAAAUAAACAGGGCGCGUGCCAUUUUGUGUGAUUUGACAAAGCGCAAUAUAUAUGAUAAUUAUGGUUCCCUCGGAUUGUAUGCUGCCGAGCAAUUCGGCGAGGAAAAUGUUAACGCAUACUUUGUUAUCACCUCCAAGUGGACCAAGGCAUUCUUCGUGUUUUGUGGUAUCAUCACAGGAUGCUACUGCUGCUGCUGUUUCUGUUGCUGCUGCAACUUUUGUUGUGGGAAAUGUAAACCCGCUCCACCAGAAGACAGUGGAGUGUACCACAACUUACAGCAGGACCAGAAUCCAGGGGCCAAUGUUUUGACGAGUCAACCGCAAAGUGAGGACGAGAGUGACGAGGAAGCGGUGACUGCACAGCCCCAACCUGGAGCAGCUCAGGGAGCCCCAGGUAGCCAACCAGCUUUUGCAAUGCCACCCCCGCCAUCAAUGGCCAAUGAAAAUACCACACUGAACAGCGGCGGAGAUCGCGUCAGCUACACCACCGUGUCAGGAGCAUCGACAAAUCCUUUCGUAGGAGUGACCGCCGGGACAACUGGGCCAGCACCUUCCUGGUAAUCACAAAAUUCAAGAAAAUCCGUCGCACUCGACUCACAGGAAGAUUUCGACAGUACAAAAACUUCAAGAGUCAGUUAUCCAAGCAAGUGUCAAGGAAAGACCAUAAACUUGGCAUUGAAAUGUAGCCUAAAUGGAAGAACUUUUUAGUAAUUAAUUAUUCAAAAUAAUUUUAUUGAAAUCAACUUGCCAGACUCUUCAUCAAUUUCACGUCUACAUUCCAUACCACUUUGCGUCAUGCUUGGGCGUUGUACAGAGCUAUAACACAUUCGGGCGGUGUACAGCUCUCGGUAGCAUUCGGGCGGUAUACAGCUUUCGGUGGCAUUCAGGUGGUGUACAACUCUCGGUAGAUUUUGGGCGGUGUACAGCUCUUAGUAGCGUUUGGGCAGUGUACAACUCUUGGUAGCAUUUGGGCGGUAUACAGCUCUUAGUAGCGUUUGGGUGGUGUACAUCUCUUGGUAGCGUUUGGGCGUUGUACAGCUUUCGGUGGUGUACAAUUCUCUGUAGCGUUUGGACGGUGUACAGCUCUUGGUAGCGUUUGGGCGGUAUACAGCUUUCGGUGGCGUUCAGGCGGUGUACAGCUCUCGGUAGAUUUUGGACGGUAUACAGCUCUUAGUAGCGUUUGGGCGGUGUACAUCUCUUGGUAGCGGUUGGGCGUUGUACAUCUUUUGGUUGCGUUUGGGCGGUGUACAGCUCUUGGUAGCGGUUGGGCGGUGUACAUCUCUUGGUUGCGUUUGGGCGGUGUACAGCUCUUGGUAGCGUUUGGGCGGUAUACAUCUUUCGGUGGCGUACAGGUGGUGUACAAUUCUCGGUAGAUUUUGGGCGGUGUAUAACUCUUUGUAGCGUUUGGGAGGUGUACAGCUCUUCAUCGCGUUAGGUCAGUGUACAGCUCAAAGUACACCGCCCAAACGCAGCGUGGAAUGGUAUGGAAUGAAGGCAUCGAAUUAGUCGCUACAAUUUAUUCAUUUUCGAAUUUUGUAACCCCCGAUUGUGUUGACAGGAAAGAAAGAAAACUAGAGCAAAUAAAAAAUAGGUGUAGCACAUAUUUAUUUAAACUUUUGUAUCCAAGAGUUGAAGAAAAAACGUGAGUGGUGUGAAAAAAUUUCGUGAAGUGAACAAUUAAUAAUCAAUUAAUUAAUUAAAUUGGAAUUUUAUUUUAUAAGUUCCCUUGCAGUUAGAAAGGAUUUAAAGAAACACAUUCCAUUUUUAAAUACAAUUAUUCCCUGAAGAGAUUGGCUCAUGAAAGAAAAAUUUCACGACCGAAUAUAUUAAAUAACUUUGCUAUACUGUUUUUAAUGGUCGUUAGAAGAACCAGAUAAAUCAAUUAUUGCAAAUAAGCCUUCAACUAGCGUAUCUCUGUUAUUAUAUAUUAUAUACAUACAAAUAUAUAUUAUAUAAUUUAUAUUAUCAUGCAACUCUCCAUAAAGCAAACAUAAGACUUUAUGAAACAAACUAAAGUGCAGAUUCUUCCCUAUUAUCAGGUGCUGCAUAAUAAAAUAUUCAAACACGCAGGGUAUAAAUAUUUAUUCUGGUUAUUGAAAACCUAAUUGGUUAAUCUUCUAUAUUUCUCUUUAAUUUUGAGGAGAUAUUCUAUAUAGAUAUACAUUUAUUAUAGAUUAUUGAUGCAAUAAUUUUUAAAUUCGAGUAAUUUUGUGCAAACAAAAACAUUUGUUUAAUUAAGAGUGAAAAAUGUAAUUAUUGUUACAAGAGGCAUUAGUCUGCGUGCAUUGAAAUAAAUAUUGUAUCCUCGUUAUAAACGUAAAAUUUGUAUCGUAUAAUGAUCGUAUAACAAAAAAAAUCUACUUUGAAAAUUACAGUUAUAUAUUUAUCGCAGAUUGUAUUUCUCACGUUAAUCAUCUCAAAGUCGUGUAAA